CGGUUCUGUGACGGCGGCGCGCUGCCUGUCGGGAUAGACUCGGCCUCGGAGCAGCUUCCGGGCUCGGACCAUGACGGCCGGUGCUUGGCCGUGGCUGCUGCUCCUGGCUCCCCUGGCGGCCGCGGUCUACGAGGAUCAAGUGGGCAAGUUCGACUGGAGGCAGCAGUAUGUGGGAAAACUCAAGUUUUCUUCCUUGGAAGCUUCACAGGGCUCCAAGAAGCUUAUUGUGGCUACUGAGAAGAAUGUGAUGGCUGCUUUGAAUUCCAGGAAUGGAGAAAUCUUGUGGCGUCAUGUGGACAAGGGGACUCCUGAAGGAGCAGUAGAUGCCAUGCUGAUUCAUGGACAGGAUGCCAUCACUCUGUCUAAUGGCGGGCGCAUUUUGCGUUCCUGGGAGACAAACAUUGGAGGGCUGAACUGGGAGACAUCACUGGACACUGGCAGUUUCCAGAUGGCUAGUUUGGUGGGGUUCCAGGACACAGUGAAAUAUUUGGCCGUCCUGAAGAAGGCUGCCCUUUCUCUUCAUUACCUCUCCAACGGCCAUCAGAAAUGGGUGGAGCAUUUACCAGAAAGUGAGCGUACCCAGUACCAGCUGGUGUAUUCGUAUGGAACCGGGGUAGUACGUGCACUUGGAGUUGCUCCUCGAAGCCAUUUGAACAUUGUAACCUUCAGCGUAGAAGAUGGCGAAAUUACAAAACAGCUAAGAGUGGCAGCCCCCUGGAUGAAGAGCCUAAGUGGUGCCUGUUGUGUGGUGGGCGAGGCAGUGCUGGUGUGUGCUGACUCUGACACACAGUCGCUCUAUGCUUUAUCCCUGGAGACUGAGCAAGAAAUGAAGCAGAUCCCACUGCAGGCCCUUGACCUAGAAUUUGCUGACCAUUUCCAGCCCAGGAUUUUGUCCACUAAGCCCAAUCCUGCCAGUGCUUCACGGGCUCAGUUCUUCCUGCAGCUGGCUCCAAGUCACUUCACACUGCUGCAGUACAGAAACGGGCUGCUAAGCCUCGUCCGGGACUUCCAGCAGGCAGCUUUGGUGAACUUUGCAACAACUGGGGAGAAGACGGUGGCUUCUGUCCUGACCUGCAGGAAUGAAAUGAAAUCUAGAACUCCUGAUAAGGCAGACAGCACUUUCGGACAUUCCCAUAGACAGGAAUUCUUAGCCUGCCCCAACAACACCUACAAUAUUAACCUGUAUUUGGUUGAAACUGGGCAAAGACUGCUGGAUACCACAAUUACCUUCAGCUUAGAGCAGAGCGGUGCCAGGCCCGAGCAGCUCUAUAUCCAGGUCUUUUUGAAGAAAGAUGACUCUGUGGGUUACCGAGCGCUGGUGCAAACAGAAGAUCACAUGCUCAUGUUCCUCCAGCAGCCAGGAAAAGUUCUAUGGAGCAGGGAGGAGUCGUUGGCGGAAGUGGUAAGCUUGGAGAUGGUGGAUCUACCUCUGACGGGUGCCCAGGCUGAGUUGGAAGGGGAAUUCGGAAAGAAAGCAGCCAUUCAAGACGGGUUGCUGGGGAUGUUUCUGAAGCGCCUCUCCUCCCAGCUCAUCCUGCUGCAGGCCUGGACUGCACAUCUCUGGAAGAUGUUCUAUGAUGCCAGGAAGCCACGGAGCCAGAUUAAGAAUGAGAUCAAUAUCGACAACUUGGCGAGAGAUGAGUUCAACCUACAGAAAAUGAUGGUGAUGGUCACUGCCGCAGGAAAGCUCUUUGGUAUUGAAAGCAGCUCUGGCACCAUCCUAUGGAAGCAAUACCUACAGAAUGUGAGGCCUGGCUCCUCCUUUAAACUGAUGGUCCAGAGAACAACGGCCCACUUCCCCCACCCCCCACAGUGUACGCUGCUUGUUAAGGACAAGGAGACCAAAAUGAGCUCUCUCUAUGUCUUUAACCCCAUCUUUGGGAAGUGGAGUCAGGUGGCUCCCCCUGUUCUGAAGCGUCCAAUUCUUCAGUCUUUGCUUCUGCCCGUCAUGGAUCAAGAUUAUGCCAAAGUGCUACUUCUGAUUGAUGAUGAAUACAAGGUUACAGCUUUCCCAGCAACUAAAAACGUCCUCCGCCAGUUAGAGGAAAUAGCCCACUCCAUCUUUUUUUAUAUAGUGGAUGCUGAACAGGGCAAACUCUCUGGUUUCCGGCUGCUAAAGGAUCUGACAACAGAGGAGAGCUGGCAGAUGACCAUCCCAACUGAAGUGCAGAGAAUAGUGAUUGUGAAGGGGAAGAGAUCAAAUGAGCAUGUACACUCCCAAGGCCGUGUGAUGGGUGAUCGCAGCGUCCUCUAUAAGUCUUUGAACCCUAACCUGCUGGCAGUGGUAACGGAGAGCACCGAUACGCACCAUGAACGCACCUUCAUUGGAAUCUAUCUGAUUGAUGGAGUCACGGGCCGGAUCAUCCACUCUUCGGUGCAGAAGAAAGCAAAGGGACCCGUCCACAUUGUCCAUUCAGAGAACUGGGUGGUGUACCAGUACUGGAAUACUAAGGCACGCCGGAAUGAGUUCACUGUGCUAGAGCUAUACGAAGGGACGGAGCAGUAUAACGCCACAGCCUUCAGUUCCCUUGACCGCCCACUGUUGCCUCAGGUCCUCCAGCAGGCUUAUAUCUUCCCAUCUGCCAUCAGUGCCAUGGAGGCCACCAUCACUGAACGUGGCAUCACCAGCCGUCACUUGCUCAUUGGGCUUCCCUCUGGGGCAAUUCUCUCCCUUCCAAAGGGUCUGCUGGAUCCUCGACGCCCAGAGAUCCCUACAGAACAAAGCAGGGAAGAAAAUUUGAUUCCAUAUUCCCCAGAUGUCCAGAUCCAUGCUGAGAGGUUCAUCAACUACAAUCAAACCAUAUCCCGAAUGAGAGGGAUUUACACUGCCCCCUCUGGCUUAGAGUCCACAUGCCUGGUUGUUGCAUAUGGCCUGGACAUCUUCCAAACCAGAGUCUACCCAUCCAAGCAGUUUGAUGUUCUGAAAGAUGACUAUGACUAUGUGCUGAUAAGUAGUGUCCUUUUUGGACUGGUUUUUGCCACUAUGAUUACAAAGAGACUUGCUCAGGUGAAGCUGCUGAAUCGUGCAUGGCGGUAAGCACAUGGGUGAAGGGAACACUGAGGGAACCGGUGAGGCUGGAGAACAGGCUGGCUGGGAUUCUGAGUAGCUGAUCAUCUGCUGGAGUGCACACCACAACUGGGUUUAAUUAUAUGUUAUAAAUUGUACUGUUGUGAUGGAGGCAAGUAUUUAUAUCACAUUUCUGCUGGAAACAUUGAUGGGAGGAGCUGCCAGUGGAAGAAAAAUAUGCUUCACCUGGGAAGAAUUCUACCCAAUGGCAAGGAAUUGACUACAAAGGAACAUCCAUCUGUCCAGGACUUCAUUGAACCAGUGUGAAAAAACCUUCUACCGUUUUUUUUUUCUUCAAAGCGCUAAGAUGAUCACAUCACUUUCCAUGAAAAACCUUCCCCACUUUUAGCUAAGAUUGAUAUCAAAAUACUAAGGAUGUAUUUCUCCCCCACUUCUGGGGUGCACUUUGAGACCAGUUGAUGGCCUACCUCUUCCCUACACCACCCAUUACUGAAAUCUUGGAGGAGAAUCCUAGAUUCACCACAGCUCUGAUUGGAAAGCUAGGUUUUGUAAAUGCGAGCUGCUGUACAUAGGGGGCAUGGGAAGAGGGGAUGUUUGUAAAUUAGCCAAGAGAAUAUUCACAAAAUGAGGCAUGCAAAUUCAGGACUGAUUGAUCAAACCUUUUAAGUAAAUUAUAGCAAUGGGGAAGGAGUUCAGGGACAGAUGAUGCUUACUUAAGGUCUCCAUAUUCUUUAUUUAUUGUGACUGCACUGUAUGGUCCUUUUCUGCUUUUUAAUCUUUCAAAUGGUUGCACAACACAGACCUCAUCAAUUGGAUAUUUCUGGGAAAGUUUUUUUUUCUCUGGUAAAAAAGUAAAUAUUUCGAAGGGUUUAGCAAACCUGAGAGAUGCUGUGAAGUUGCACCUAAAAACAUCCCACCUUUUAUGCUAUUUUGCCAAACAGCUAAGUGACAACUUGAAACUAGGUUUAAAAAUAUUGUGAUUUAGGAGUAAAGAAGCCUGCAAUUUGUUUUCCCUCUAUGUAUCAAGGAUGUUCAUUCUUGGUAUGUAGUAAUAUUCAGUAUCUAAUUUUAAAUUGGAAUAAGUUUUUACAAUUAUUUGUAACUCUUUGGGACAUAAAGUGCUAACAUUGGUUCUGAACCUCCUGUGUACUGAAAUGGUUGCAACUUGGCACAUGAAGCAAAGGGCUUUGUUGCCUUGGAAGCCUUACUGAUUUAUGUUUGGCUGAGAUGUGAUCAGAUAACCAGAUACUGUAACAAACUAGAUCUUGUUUUUAACUGUGAAACUGGUCUACAGUUGUUUUGUGUGAAAGAGUGUGGGCAGAAAGGAUGAGGAAUAUGAGGUCAUUUCUGCGUAGUGGAGAUCAGGUUAUCUAAAUAAAAGUAAUUUGAUCAGUA